AUGAAACCUUCUGAACAAGAAGCUCCCAAUCUUGCGGAGACUCUAUCAAACAUAUCAAAUGAUUCAUCAGCGUCAGAGAAAGGAGAAGCAACAAGUCAGCAACCAUCCAACAAUGGCUAUGCACUCACAGUUGAUGAGGUGAUAGAGCAACACAUUGGAGCACUUGGUUUGGCGCAGAUCAUACAUGCUGUCUUGGUCUCUAUAGCUUGGACCUUCGAUGCUCAGACAACUCUUGUCUCUAUUUUCUCCGACGCUCAGCCUGCUGCAAGGCUUACCGCAACGGGAGCCAUCGUGGAGGGCUCUUUGAUGUGUGGAAUGUCCACCGGAGAGUGGGAAUGGGUCGGAGGAAAGAGAGACACUAUUGUUUCUGAAUGGAAUCUUAUAUGUCAACAUAAGUUUCUUGUUGCUCUUCCAUCUACUCUUUUCUUCAUCGGUUCUCUUUUCGGUUCUGGAGUUUAUGGAUACCUUGCUGACUCAUGGCUUGGUCGGAAAAAGACUCUAUUUCUCUCUUGUCUACUAACAUUCGUCACCGCUUUAGCCAUAUCCUUUGCCCCAAACAUUUGGGUAUACGCGUUCUUGCGUUUCGCCAACGGUUUCUUCAGAUCUGGAAUCGGUUCCUGCUGCAUCGUGCUAGCCACCGAGGUCGUGGGCAAAAAAUGGCGUGGACAAGUAGGGCAAUACGGUUUCUUCUUCUUCACGUUAGGGUUUCUAUCUCUCCCACUCAUGGGUUACUUGGAGAGAAAGUCAUGGAGAAACCUUUACAGAAUCAUAUCCGUUCUUCCACUUGGAUACGCUCUCUUCCUCUUACCCUUUGCUUACGAGUCUCCUCGUUGGCUUCUUGUCAAAGGACGUAACAAAGAAGCAAUGGUGGUGUUGAAGAAACUGGCCAGGCUCAACGGGAAGCAACUUCCCGCUGAACUUAGCCUAGUUGAUCCGAUUCAAGGACGAGGAGAUCAAACCUCGUCCUCCUCGUCUGAGAAUUUUUGGAAAACGAAAUGGGCUGUGAAGAGGAUUAUGAUGGUUAUGAUGGCUGGUUUUGGAAGUGGUUUUGUUUACUAUGGGAUUCAACUAAACGCAGAGAAUCUCAACUUCAAUCUCUACUUAACCGUUGCGGUGAACGCUCUCAUGGAGUUUCCAGCGGUUUUCAUUGGAAGCUUUCUUCUUGGGGUGAUGAACCGUCGUCCAUUAUUCUCUAACUCAUCGUACCUAGCUGGAAUCUCGUGCUUGCUCUGCGCGGUUCUCUCGCUUCAGCGUGUGACAAGAGCCAUGCCUGUUGCCAAAUGGCUGCAGCUUGCGGUUGAGGCGGUUGGGUUCAUGGCGUCCUCGACGGCGUAUGAUGUUCUGUAUGUCUAUGCGGUUGAGCUGUUCCCUACAAACGUCAGGAACUUUGCGGUUUCGCUUCUGCGUCAAGCGUUUAUGUUAGGAGCGUCUGCGGCACCGUUGUUAGUUGCUUUGGGAAGGGAGAGUGCGAUGAUGUCGUUUCUUGUAUUCGGUGUUGCGUCUGUGAUGAGCGGUGUGGUGAGCCUCUGGCUAAGAGAAACGCGAAACGCUCCGCUUUAUGAAACUUUAAGGCAGCAGGAGAAAGCUGAAGAGGUGGAAAACAGAACAGAAGCGUCUUCAUCACUUUAG